AUGACCCACACAGCCGUGGGACGGAGUCUACAGUUGUCCUUCAGACUGUCUCUGCUACAGUGCAGAGUGGCUAGACCGGUCUGCAGAGCUAAAUCUGUAGCGAGAACCAGAGUUUAUGGAACUCCUUCCAUUAAUCAUCCUAUCAAAUCUGACCCUGAGCAGCUGACCCAAGCCUCAUCUGUUUCCCACAGAAACGUCCUCCACCUGCAGAGCGUGCAGCUGCAGCAGGGCCUGCUGGAUGUCCGAGGCAGUGUGGCGUUUGCCGAGCGCCUCCUGAGCUGUGGGUCUGACGCCGAGAUCCUCAGCGCUAAAGGAGUGACUCUAAGACGACUCGCCAGCCUGGCAGAGAGAGGCUAUAACCCUUGUCCAGCGGCGGUCGCCCCAGACGAUAGCAGCAGCAUUUGCUUCCUGCCCAGAGAGCCAGCCGGAGAGGUGGAGGGCUACCCAGUGGUGGGUGUGAUUAACUGGAGGACGCUGGAUGUCAGCAGGUGCACCAUUGAAGGAGAAGGUCUGCGGCGGGGCAGCGAGGGCCAGCCGGGCCGUUUUAGCCUGGUGUGUCGAGACUCAGCCGGGGAGCAGAUGGCUCGAGGAGGAGAGCAGGUCCUCGUCAGCAUCGUCCACAAAGAGAAGAAGAACUGCGCUGUGGAGACGGUGGUGGUGGACAACGCUGAUGGAACGUACAGCGUUUCAUACAAGCCUGAGGAACCAGGACCUUACUCUGUGUGGGUUUGUGUCAAAGCCCAGCAUGUGAAGGGUUCUCCGUUCCUGCUGAAUGUGAAGAAGAAGUUCAGACACCACGGUGGGACGUUCCACUGCUGCUCCUUCUGCUCCAGUGGAGGAGCCAAAGAGGCAAUCUGUGGCUGCGCAGGAACGAUGUCAGGAGGGUUUAAAGGCUGUGGUCACGGUCAUAAGGGACAUCCCGGGAAGCCCCACUGGUCCUGCUGCGGCAGCACCACUGAGAAGUCUGAGUGUUUACCUCCGAGCGUGUUGGCUGCUGUCUCUCCUCGUGGACAUCUGCGCACCGUGGAGCUGUGAGGGACCCAGAGAUGAGAACACAGAUCCAUCUAUAUUCUUGUCGUUGUUAUAAACAACAUUACAAUGGAACAAAUGCAGAGCUCUCAGUCAAAAACGGUCUGUUCUCUGGUGUUCACAUGUCUGUGGACAAUUAUUUCACCUAAAUGAAAAUGUGAAAUCAUUCUUUACUUGUUUCCAUCAUAUAGAGGAUUUUUUAAUAAAUGACAUCUAAAAAAAAACACUAUUAAAUACAGCCAUGAUGUGUUGAGCUCCACUGUAUCCCCUCUGUGGGCAGAUCAUGGCUCAGAAGAACAACACAUCUCCUGGUAGACCAUGCUGACUAACACUAACCCAGCUGAAUGUUGCCGACCACAGUCUCCUCCAGUAACUGUAACAGCCCAAACCACUACACCACCUCCACCUUGGGUCUAAUCCUAACCCUGGCUCUAACGAGGUUACCCUAACCCAAACCACUACACCACCUCCACCUUGGGUCUAAUCCUAACCCUGGCCCUAACAGGGUUACCCUAACCGAAACCACUACAACACCUCCACCUUGCUUUUGUUGUGGCUCUAAUCCUAAAGGUUGGUUUAUGCUUGACGCGUCCGUGAGGUCCGCACGGCUCCGCGCGGAAAAGUUGCGUCAUUUUAACAACCACGCCCCUCCACCGCACCUCCGCACGGCCCAAAAUUUCCGCAGCGCGCACCUAGGAAAUUUUCUAACCACGCGGACGGUCGGACGCGGAAAAGCAUGGCGGACCGGCAAGAACUAGUAUGGCAGAGGUUCAUAAAUACAGACAUUUGUGUGAUUCAGCUCUCAGAGAUCACCGCGAUCAACAUGUUGUUAAUAAUUCUUGGUGAGAAAUAGCUCGCACUGUCAGAAAAGACAAGGACCCUGUUAAAAAUGCUGGAAUGCCAUGUUGUAAACAACAGUAAUUUUUACUUCUACUAUGGUGUAGUGUUGGAUGCAUGUCGUAGAGCUCCAUGCUGCCCCCUACAGUUUGGGAGAAUAUCGGCUCACCGCAGAGACAAGCCGCUUGAACCAUAAACGCUGCAAGUUGUGAAGCGCGUUCCAUCCGCGAGCCGCAUCACCAAGCGGAAAGUAAAUGCGUCAACCAUAAACCAAGCUUAACCCUGGCUCAAACAGGGUUACCCUAACCCAAACCACUACACCACCUCCACCUUGCUAGUGUCUUGCCUCUAACAGGGUUUCUACACCAAAGAGGUUCCUGUGCUUGUCCUUAAAAAAUAGUCUUGUGACCCAUAAUAUCUGUCAGACAGAUUAGACAUACACGACUAUUGUAAGAAAACCACCCAUUUGUAGCUUUUCCCUCCCCCGCCCCCAAAUUCCAGGAUUUUAGGUAAGAACAUAUACAAUUCUUGAAAGCAGAAAAACUGAAUUUAUUGGAGGAAAGAAGCUCUGAGUGUCUCUAAAUGAGCUGCUGAUCUGAGUAAAAGUGAAACCAACUCAGAGAUUUUAGACUUGGAGCUCAUGUUUUCCUCAGCUGUUCUCUUGGAACCAGCAGAUGGUGCUGGGAGAACAGCCAGAGCUCUUGGUAAUGGGAACACGAAGAACUGGUUCACUACUGGAACUGGAAAAAGUGGACCAUCCAUCCAUUCCCAGUUGCUUAACCUUUUUUUCCUUUCAGGUUUUUAUGCCAUUAAUUUGUGUUUUUUCAAGUAGUGCAGAAUCACAAAGGUGGAUCUGCACCAGAGUCAGCCCCGCCCAUUCACGCAAACUCAGCCCAGCCCACUGACUUCUUCUGUUUGUUUUUUUUUUUUGUUUGUUUUGUUUUUUUACUUUAUUGCAAACUAACCUGACCUACAUGAACUACGGCUGUUACUAGUUUACAGUUGUUAAUACUAAAUUCCAAUUAAGCAAGAUAAGUAUAAUUUGCUACAUGAAAUGAAAGGUUCUUUUCAGCAAAUUUCUGCCCACGGCCGCUCCGACAAAAUGCGCCUAAACCAGGGUUUUAGGCUAACCGAUUAUUGUAUGAGCUCUGGUAGUCCAGUGGUGUAAUGGUCUGACUUAUGCUUCGUUUUGCCCUCUGCUGACGCUGGUUUGACUCUCACUGGGGUCGGCAGUAAUGUAUUUAGCCAACUGAAACAGAUUUAAUUUAUUAAUAUUUUAGUUUUAUUGAUUAUUUUCUACAAAAUAUUUUAUGUCUCUAAAAAGGUAUUUGAAUUUGGUUGUUUCUAAGCAGCAUUUUAGUUUAAACUCUGGACCCACACUGGCUAAAUAAACAAAGAAGGUAAAAACAAACUGAUUAGUUGUUAUAUUUUAAACCGUUUACCAAUAAAGGGUUGAAAACACAAUAUUGGCAAGAGUAGCUAGGAAAAAAAAAGUUGAUGCCACGACCGGGAGGAGAACCUGCACAAAACUACACACCAGUCUGACACCAUAGUCACCCCACCACUACAUCUGUUACAGUAUGGUUGGUGCCACGUAUCCUAUCUAGUGUGUCUUUGUAGACGGAUGGAUGGUUUUUCUGGCGGUGUCCCAGUAGAAGUCAUUUCAGAAGUCAUUUUUCAGAAAAUCCACAGAAUAUCCAGAUCUGAGAACCAAGACCAGACCUGCUUCAGGGGGAGAAGAAAUGCACAGUAGUGGCUUACUUUCUUCCAUUUGCAGGAAAAAUCUUUACAUUCAAUUCAGUUCAGAAAUACUUUAUUAAUCCCAGAGGGAAAUUGAUUGCUGUAGUAGCUCUGAAUAAUAAUAAUAAUCAAGUCAUCCAAGAGUUAUUGUAUAUUACAAUGGCUGUUGGCAGGAAGGAUCUCCAGUAGCGGUCAGUGUUGCAGCCAAACUGAAGAAGCCUCUGACUGAAGGCACUCUUCCGUUGUCGGACAGUCUUGUGAAGAGAAUGCUCAGGCUGAUUUAAAUCAGAAUAAAAUACAAACUUUAGGCUUCAGUUAAGCUGCGUGUUUGCGUGUAUCUGAUGUCGGCAACAGCCGGGAAACGUUUGUGUUUUCUGAAAAUAAAAUGUUGCUUUUAUGUGAGAUCAGCUGAUGCUGUUUUAACCUCCAACCCUCUCCAAAGCUGCUCUGACUUCUCCAGAGGUUUUGACCCACCCACCCACUCCUUGUUGCAACAUGAAAAAUAAAGUUUUCACUCUCA